AGAGAGGGAGGGGGUUUGAAAUGUGUAUAGAAUAGAAACACAAGGGGAAGAGCGACAGAGAGAGAGAGAGGAGAGAGAAACCUGACAAUGCUGGAAUAAGGUACACAAAAAAGGAGUCGAAUUGCUGCAAGGAUUUGCCUAUGAAGAAAAAUAUAUAGAAAGAGAGACAAAAAUGCCACAAAAAUAAGGAGCGAUCUCUGUACGCAGUGUGAAGCAAGCCAAGGGAAAGUAAUUACAAGUCUUUGUGAUUGACCAGCAGAAGGGAGCUAAAGACACCUGUAACACUGUGGGCUAAUUCCAGAACAACUGUGUUGAGACUGUGCCAAAACCUCGGUCUAUUCAAGCUCCUAUUGGCUCCAAAACAAGAGACGUGAAACCAGAAGCUUGAAUCAACGUGAAAAAAAAAUUAUUUGAAGAAAGUGUGUUUAUAAUUUUGAGCUUUCACUCUACUGCUAUCUCACCUUCCCGGUUUCUAUGGCAACAGGUUUGACAAGUUCUGAUGAACUCUGUUUGAGGCCUUGAGGGAAGGUAGGCCGCCACAGGAAAUGAUAUCGGUUGUCAAGGAGAAUACUGGUGCUACUACUGAGAUUGGAGCCAGCUGAUUCUUACUUAAAGGGGAAAUACAAAACAUCUAAAAUUCUUUCAAUCCAAGGAAUUGAGCCGUCAUCCUUUAAAGAGAGAAGGUCGAGCACCCGCUGCUUACUUUUAAAUUAAAAACCCUCAGGCAACAUUUUUAUCAAACUCUUCAAAGUGCAAUAUUUCAAGUACUGGGAUUAAGAGAGAAAUAAAUAUUGACAGUUGUAUAUUAUAUAUACAAUAUAUACAGAAACAUAUCCAUAUAUUCUACACAAUAUUUACUUUCUCAUCUAUCUCCCAGUAGCAAAAGUUAAGCAAACACCAGCUUCCACUUGAAACUGUAAAGUAUUCAUUCCUUGUGACUCCAGACACGGUAUUUCUUGAAUAAAUUGCCAUUUUAUACUAUAUAUCAUAUGCAAAAUCCUGUUUGGUUAGCCAAAGCUGAAGAGCCCAUAAAACCAUCAAUUACUAACUUAUUAACCAUCUGUUAACUGACUUUAUGUACAACAUAGUGUUCCGGAAGAUUCUUGAUUUAUCGGCACACACAAAACCAUAGGGAGGAUAGCUGGAGCAGACUCCUGUCAGCCUCACAUGAACAAACCGACGGGAACGCCCGCUUCCUCCCAGCGAUUCCUUCUCCAGCCCCUUUACAUGUGCAGAGCAUCCCCAGCGUCGUCCAGCAGAAAGAAGUGGCGUUGUAACAGCUGAGAAGCAACACAGGAAGUGAGCCGGGCAGGCAGGAAGCGAGGACGUCGGAGUGCCGUUACCCUGGCGGCGUCAACCAUGCAGUCGGACGACCUCUUCAUCCGCAAGCUUCGCCGGCAAAGCCCUCGGCCUCCCUUGGCUGGGGUGACCUUCGAGUCGAAGAGGGAGCCUCUAAUCGGUACCCUGCGGGGGAAGGUGGUGGCCGAGUGGCCACCCAGGAAGGGAGAAGAGGAGAAAGGGUCCGGGAUAGGGAGCGGAGCACUGCGGUCCGCAGGGAGAAGCCACAUGAUGCAGAGGAGCAACAGCGACGUGACUUUGGGGGAUCUCGAAGUGUCUGUGAAAGGGGGAGGCAGUAAGGGCGGAGGGGAUAAUCUACAAGGUGGGUCAGCUUUGGGGGAGCAAGACGUAGUCCUGCAUAGGGAGUAUGGGAGCCUAUCUUCUCUGGAGAGGCAGAGUCGAGCAAGGGCACAGAGCAGUGAUGAUCAGGGUGCCUUGAGUCCUCCAGCCCAGCGUUUCAAAGACCCCUUCCUCCUUCUGGGGCUCCAAGCAGGAGGAGCCGAGCAGGAUUCCUAUUUCAGAGCCCUCACCACUCCAGCCGGGGCCCCUUUCGUAGAGAAGCCCAACAAAUCCGAGCUUCAGAAAAAAACGAAAAGCCAACCGCAGCCUUGUAACGGGAAUCUCCCCGGAGGGGCCUGGGUCCGAAACUUCGCCCACUAUGACGUGCAGAGCAUCCUGUUUGACCUGACCGAGGCUGCUUCCAACCGCGACAGCAUCAGCCGCAAGAAGAACAUCACCUCCGGGGCCUCAGCUGCCUCUCAGCUCCGCAGCCCAGCUCUGCCUGCUCCUCCCGGGGGCGGCACUGGGACUCACUCCCCCGGGGCUGUGUCGGGAGGAGGCGCCGAGGAACUGGGGCUGGACGAAGGGGACGGGAACGACAAUGAGUUGCUCCUCAGCUGCCCGCACUUCCGCAAUGAGCUGGGCGGGGAGGAGACAGCAGACCUGGGGCAACUAUCGGUACGCAGCUCUGGGCAGCUGAACUUCCAGUGCCCAAACGAUGCUGUGUCCGUGCUGGAGGAGCCCAGAGAGAGCCACGUCCAGCAGCAGGGCAAGACCAGCUACUUCAUCGAGCACGUGGACCUCGGAGCCCACUACUAUCGCAAGUACUUCUACAUGAAAGAUCACCAGAAUUUCUUCGGGACGGACGAGAGGCUAGGCCCGGUAGCGAUCAGUUUCCGACGGGAGGAGAAGGAGGGAUCAAGUGGCUCUCAGUACAAUUACCGCAUCAUCUUCAGAACCACAGAGCUGAAGACGCUGCGAGGGUCAAUCCUGGAAGAAUCUGUCCCAACAGCAGCCCGACACCCCACCCCUCGGGGCCUGUCCCCCAAGAAGUUGCUGGAGUACAUCAUCCCCGAGCUGAACCUUCACUCCAUCCGCCUGGCCUCCACCUCCCCGAAAGUCAGGGAGACCCUCCUCAAACUGGACGAGCAAGGGUUGAAUUUCCAGCGCAAGUUUGGUAUAAUGUACUGCAAGGCGGGUCAGAGCACAGAGGAGGACAUGUACAACAAUGAGAGUGCCAGCAGCUCGUUUGAAGAGUUCCUGGACCUGCUGGGGGAGCGGGUUCGACUCAAGGGCUUUGAGAAGUACCGCGCGCAGCUCGACACCAAGACUGAUUCAACGGGAUUGUACUCUCUCUACACUCGCUACCAGGACUAUGAGAUCAUGUUCCAUGUCUCCACCAUGCUGCCCUACACUGCCAACAACACCCAGCAGCUGCUGAGGAAGAGACACAUCGGGAACGACAUCGUGACAAUCGUCUUCCAGGAGCCAGGAGCGCUGCCCUUCACACCGAAAACCAUCCGCUCCCACUUCCAGCACGUCUUCAUCAUCGUGCGCACCCACCACCCCUGCAGUGAGCACACCUACUACAGUGUGGCGGUGACGCGCUCCAAGGACAUCCCACUGUUUGGUCCUCAUUUCCCCAAGGGGGCAGUGUUCCCCAAGUCACCCGCCUUCCGCGACUUCCUGCUGGCCAAGGCUCUGAAUGCAGAGAACGCAGCGGAGAAGUCAGAGAAGUUCCACGCCAUGGCGACCCGCACGAGGCAGGAGUACCUCAAAGACCUGGCGGACAACUACGUCACCACCACCCCUAUCGACUCCUCCUCCAAGUUCCCUCUCCUCUCCCUCGGAGGAAAGAAGAAGGAGAAGCUGAAAGGCUCCAAGGGGGCCGAGCUGCACAGCGCCAGCGCCCUCGUGUGGGCUGUAGGAGCGUCGCGGAAGCCCGGGGAUUGGGAUUGGGUACAGUGCCUGCUGGGAAUCUCCGCGGAGUUUGUGGUCCUGAUUGAACGCCGCUCCCGAAGGGUGGUCUUUAACUGCUCCUGCCGCGAUGUGAUUGGCUGGACGGCCCGGGCGGGUGGGACCGCGCUGGAUAUUUACUAUGAGAGAGGCGAGCUGGUGUCCCUGUGCGUGCUCGAGAACCAGGCUGAAGACAUCAAGGAAAUCAUUCAGAGGCUGGAGUUUGUCACGUGUGGCUGUGAAACUCGUCAGGUGACUCCGUUGAGGAACAGCGUGGGUCACGUGGGUUUCACGGUGAACGACGAGGGCUUUGUGACCGAGGUGGAGCGGUUCAGCUACGCGGAGAACGGGGGCCUGCAGACGGGGGCCAGGCUGGUGCGUCUCUGUGACGAGCUCUACCUGUCCCUCACCCCCAUGGAGAGAAGUGAGCUCCUCCACAAUGCUGUGAAAGUGCACAUCACCGUCAUCCCUCCGGACGAGAAAGGGAAGCCACGCAGGAGUUUCUCAGAGCUCUACCUCAAAGCAAUCCAGGACACCGAACGCAAGUCAGAGGGCUGGGAGGCUUGGGUCCUGAGGAAGACCGAGGACGGGGAGGAGAGCAGGGUCCCGGGACAGCAGCGAGAGGGAGAGGGCGACGGGACAGAGGCGUGCCUGCUCAGCCCCCCCGGCCUGCCCCUGUUUCGUGCCUCUUCUCUGCAGGACAGUCCCGUCGUGGAGCCCCUCCCCUCACCCCUGGUGCGCAGCUACUCCCUGGAGAAAUGCUCCGGCCAGGAAGAAGCCAAUGGGAACAGGCAUGUCUAUGACAAUGUGGGAGUGCAGCUGGACUGCAGGUCAGACUCUGUGUAUGAGAACGUCCCGGGGCUUGUGGGCACCACUCCUGACCUCAUUCGUGCGGUCAAGCCCAGGACCCCAGCAAAGGAGGAGGAGGAGAUUCAGAAGCAGUUUUUAGGACUGGACCUGGGUGAUGAAGAUCCCUCUGUCAGUGACCCCCACUGUCCCACAAUGCCACUGGGCUUCUCCAGCAGGGCGGACAGGAGCUCUCGAGCCCUGAGCGUCCAGAACACCAUCACGAAGAUUCUCUCUGAAAAUCCUGACUCUACAGAAAAGGAAUGGCAGUCGAUCGCAGCCUUGGCGGCGGCUUGUCGGAACAUCUUAGAGGUGCUGUCGAGAGAGGAUCGGAAAGCUGGAGACGGAGCUCAGUCUAGCGACACAUCUGUGACAUCACAAGAAGACAUGAAAACAAUGGACAAGAAACAAGGGGAUUCUCCGGGCCAUCUUGAAGACAAAGUGUGUCAACUGGAAGCCAUGCUUAAACAUCUGCAGGAUGACCUCCAAAAGGAGAAAGAAGACAAAGCAACUCUGCAGGAGGAGCUCCAGAGCCUGAGACAGAACAACCAGCGCCUGCAGGAGGAGUCUCAGAGCACGGUCGCGCGGCUCAUCAAAGUGACAGAGCUGCUGUGCAACAUCAACAAGCCCUGCUAGGACCUCCGACCUGCGACCUUUCACCUGGGACCCCGCCGCGUGCAUGCUUGGGGAGGGUGCAUGCUGUCCAUAUCCUUCUUUAUUUAUGGGGUGUAGGGCGUGAUGUUGGGGUGAACAACUCCAAGUGUUGGAUCUUUGAAAAUAACCCACUGACUUCUGAGGAUCUGACGCAGCGAUUCUCUGCUUUGAGUUGUUAUCCCAACUUUGCUAGUUAGACUGAUAUUUAUUCCCCAACACAGAAAUAUGAAAAUAAGCCUAAAUUCCCUAGUAAACGUUUAAACUUGAAGUUAUUUUUUCACUUCUAGUUGAAGCAUUUGUCAUUGAAUUCAAGCCUCUUUUAGCAUUCCUGGAUAACACUGGUUCCAUUACUGCUGGUUACUAAGAAGUGUUGGUUUUGAAGUGGUUGACCUUCUGAAAGCAAGCAGUGGUCUAUUGUUUCUGCCGUAUCCGCAGUUCUCUGUCACAAACCCACAGUUUCAGUUGACCUGGAAUAUGAAUCAGUUAAAGGUCAGAGGACGCAUCAUAGACAUGUUUACUAAGGACACUGUGUGCAUGUCCCUGGUUUAUAAAUCUUUACACGUGUUAUAUGAGUUCUUUGUAGGUUAUUCCCAAGCACAGAAGUAUUGUGAGAUAUUAUAAGUUGUACAAAAGAAAGCUGUAUUUUUUUCAGUCGUGGCCAAUAUUUUUUACUCCCCAGUUUGGAAUGCCCAAUUAUUAUUUGUACUACAGUUCACUGCAGCAACUCCCGCGCCGACACGGGAAACGGCGGCAGACACGCGUGUCCUCCGAGACGUGUCCUGCCAAGCCGUCUUUUUUCGCACUGCAGGUCUACAGCGAAGCCACCAGACCCAUAGUGCCGGAGGACAACACAG